AUGAAGAUCAACAGCAAAGCCUUACAGACCACACUGCUUGCCCUCUUCAGCCUGCUUGGCUUGUUAGCAACACCAGCACUGGGUCAAAGAUGGCAGCUGGAGCACCAGCAAUUGAAUGCCAACAGGAACAAGUGGAAGAGUCAGAACAUUCAGAACUAUGAGUACAAAUACCAAAAGUUUGGCCCCAACCCCCAGAACAUUGUCUACCCCUGGACUGUCAUUGUCAGGGGUGGUGUCAAUGCCCAUGCUAAUGAUGGCAACAACAAUCCUAUCUAUUGGGCUACACCUCCAACCAUGGAUACUUUCUUUGGGAUCAUCCAAGAUGCAAUCAUUAACAAUGCUCAGAGAAUCACUGUAAGCUACAACAGUCAAUCCGGAUACCCAACCAACAUCUACAUCCAAAAGAGUAAUGGGGAAAUUUAUGAUGUUGGGAUCUCAGGCUUCAGCUCCCAAAGACUUCGAAAAAGGAAUCUCCAAAACCAGAAUUUGCAGCAUGAGCAACAGCAAUUGAAUGCCAACCGGAACAAGUGGAAGAGUCAAAACAUUCAGAACUAUGAGUACAAGUACCAAAACUUUGGCCCCAACCCCCAAAACAUUGUCUAUCCCUGGACUGUCAUUGUCAGGGGCGGUGUCAAUGCCCAUGCUAAUGAUGGCAACAACAAUCCUAUCUAUUGGGCUACACCUCCAACCAUGGAUACCUUCUUUGGUAUCAUCCAAGAUGCAAUCGUUAACAAUGCUCAGAGCAUCACUGUAAUUUACAAUGAGUUGGGAUACCCAAACGCCAUCCACAUCCAGAAAAGUAAUGGUGAAGUCUAUAAUGUUGGGAUCUCGGCCUUUUUCCCCCAGUAA